AUGUACCAUAUUGGGCAGAAACUGGAGCAUCUUGGUCCAAUUUCGAUCUCUCAGAAAUUUGUUGAAAAUGCACAGUGCGAAAUCGAAACAUUCGUAAAUGUUGGAGCAAAUAUGAAAGACGCUGCUGAUGAGAAUGUUGCAGACAAUGUAAUAUCAUUGGAAGAGCAAACGUUAGGAGAAAAUGAUCCGAUGGUGCCGGAGGUGGGAAUGACCUUCAAUGAAGAAAAAAAAUUGUGGAACUUUUAUAAAGGAUAUGCGUAUUAUGUUGGGUUUCCAGUUAGGAGAAGGAAUUCGAAAAAAGGGGAUGAUGGGAAAAUGAAAUAUGUCACCUUCACAUGUAACCGUGAAGGCCGAAGAACAACUAGUACAAGCGAUUCUUUAAAGCCCCAACCAAUAAUUCAGACAAAUUGUAAAGCCAGGAUCACUGCAUGUUCAGAUUAUCAUGGGAUUUGGAGAAUUAACAAAGUCCACCUCGACCACAAUCAUAAAACAAGUCCUUCGAAGUCGAAGUUGUAUCGCUGUAAUUGGGAGUUGAGUUCACAUGUGAAACGGAAGUUUGAAGUAAAUGAUAUGGUAGGAAUUCCAUUGCGUAAAAACUACAACUCCAUAGUUGUUGAAGCGGGUGGAUAUGAAAAUAUUACUUGCGUGGAAAAUGAUCGUAGAAAUUAUGUUGAACAAGUGAGACGAUUAAGGCUUGGGGAAGGAGAUGUCGCAUCAAUACAGUCCUACUUUUCUAGGAUGUAA